GUGCUAUCGGUGCUCUUGAGACACCGGCUGGCGCCCAUACAUCUUAUUCUUUUUUGGCGUAUAUUCUAGCGGUACGUAUACCCAGCAGCAUGCAAGGCGGCAUCGUCGCAUCGGUUCUCUUGGCUUGCCUUAUCUGCCAAGUCGCCUCCCAGUCUCCUCAAUACGAUGCGGAGAAGCGCGCCCCCCAUGACGUCCGUGCCGCCAUGAACGAGAGUUCGUGCGACAGCGGAGUCUCUGACACGCCCGUCAGCGCCUUCGUUAGCUGGGAGCCGCCGCGGGUUGUCACCAGCCCGAUUGUAGCCUACGUCGUUCACGUCGUCUCAGUCCGGGGCAUCGACAUCCAGGUCCGCGUCGCUCCCAAUGUGACGCAACAUGUCGUGGAUUUCAUGGAAUGCUGGAGCGCGUACAUACUUCGCGUCGAGGCCCAAUUCAAGUCCGGAGAGUCGGCUAUCUCUCGUGCCAUGUUCUACAGCACCGGAGACAGAGAGCGCAGGUUCUUUCCCCAAGAUGUGCGUGCCGUCGAAGACUUGACAAACUGUGAGCACGGAGGCAAGUACGGGUCCGUUCAGCUGCGGUGGAAGCCUGCCCAGCUGGGAAAGCUGAAUGUAACGGGUUACACCGUGGCGAUCUACGCCGACAAAGGCACGACGAACUUUUUCCGCCUUGCCGACGACGCCAGGAGCUUCAAGUACGUCCACGUCAACUGCAAGGGUACCACGGUCAUCGGCGUUUCUGCCACGACUCGAGUGAGCUUGGAGCUGCUCGACUACAACGCGGGCGAGAUCAUCUUCCCGGCUGCCUAUGUAGCAUUCUCCACCGACACCAAGCCGUAUAUUAUUCCUGCAGAGGGAGCUACCACAACUGCCUCAACCACUACCACUGAACAAAGCACUACAAAGCUGAGCACAACUACGGAGCAUGGCACCAAGACUCCGGUCGCUAGCACUGAACACAGCACCACGACCACGGAGCGUCACUACAGCAGCACCAUUUCGAAUGAAGUGGAGCCCGUUUCAACAGGUGUGUCCACCUCUACAAUACUGUGCGCCGUCCUCAUUCCCUUGGCAGUCAUAGUACUGGCAGGGCUCCUCUUCUUCGGCUACAAGAAGUUCAAGCGAGCAGAGGGGCCAGGCCUUCUGAGCACCAGCGACAGCGCCUAGACUACUUCCCGAAAGCUGCACACAAAAUGCGUCUCUCCUGUGUCACUUAUAGUUAGGAGUUUCCUUCAGAACUGAUUCACCGCUCAUUGGAAUGACUGACAAUGCUGCAUGCGACGCCUGCGGCAGGGAAAAAGAGCAGCGUGCUUAAUUAUUGCGCCAAUCUCUCGCAUUGAAUCACAAAGACGAUUUCUGUCCGGCCUAUUGGGACUACACGAUGAUCACCCGCUGCUCAUGCAAGGGCUCUUGGAACACCUUCGCCGCCGAUGGUUGGUGCACGAAGCAGUGAAGGUGCUUUCGUGUUUUUUGAAGGUGGCAGGCCUGUGCGAACGUCUUUGACUGCGUGGCGCUGUCCGCGCGCACGUGCGCAUUCAUCGCUGCUUUCUUUUCCCUUUUCCUUCUUUCUGUGACAUUGUUCUCCUGCCCCUGCAUAGAGUAGCCUUCUUCCUUUAAUGGUGUUGUGUAUAUCGGCGCACAGAAAUUUUGAAUGUGCAGGCUUGUGUCAAUAAACGAACAUCUUGUCUUUCUACCACCGACAA